UUAGGAAAUCCAAGAUGAAUACAAAGUCUGAUCUCCAAUCUCCAUUAGUCGAUGGGGAGAGCCCCAAAAAGAUAGACAAGACUUCAAGUAGAUUCAUGAAAAAUGCCUCUCUCAAUAACUCAGAUUUACGGCAAACUCAUGGGAAUGACCACCAUGAGGAAGAAGAGGAAGAGGAACAACUAGAUAAUUCUGUAGAGAGCGAUGACUCUCCAGGAGAACAAUUCCAAGCCAGAGAAGCUAGUUUUGUAGAAGACCUUUCCACUUGGAGGAAAAUCCCAGUGAAUAAUUUUGAGAGUGUUGAUCCAAACCAGGAAAGUUUUAUGGGAAAUAAAAUUCAUACUGCCAAGUAUACAUGGUGGUCGUUUCUUCCAAAGAACUUAUUCUUUCAGUUUACCAAGCUUGCUAAUGUUUAUUUCUUAAUAAUGAUGAUUUUCCAAAUGAUACCUCAGAUUACAAUUUCAGAUGGAAGACCUACCAUUCUGAUGCCCUUGGGAUUUGUAGUAUUAGUCUCCAUGGUUAAGGAUAUCAUUGAGGAUAGCAAGAGACACUCUUCUGAUAACAGGGAAAACAAGAGCGAUAUUCUAUGUAUUCCAUAUCCAGAUCAAAUGCAGUAUGCUAACCAAGAGGAAAAAGGAAUCUUUAAAACUCUUAAAUGGUCGAGGAUAAAGGUUGGACAAAUUGUAAAAGUCUUAAAAGACCAAUACUUUCCUGCAGACCUGAUUUUACUUAAUUCAAAUGACCCUCAAGGAGUUUGUUUUGUUGAAACUAAAAAUCUGGAUGGAGAAACAAAUAUGAAAAGUAAGACAGCUCACAAGUUUACUAUCCCUUGAACUCUAUCUGAUGAGGAUGCAGCUCAAUUCACAGGGCAAAUACAUUGCCAAGGCCCUAAUGAAUUUCUGUAUCGAUUUGAGGGCAAUAUGACUUUUGAGCCGAAGAGACAGGAAAUGCUUGAAAGCGAGAGCAACUAUAAUGGUGGGGAUACAACUAUCUCUCUUGAUGUUAAUCAGACUUUGCUCAGAGGCAGCAGUCUGAGAAACACUGAAUACAUUUAUGGAAUUGUAAUCUACACAGGUCACGAAUCUAAAAUCAUGAAGAAUUCUCCAAACACUCGGAAUAAAAUGUCUAAAAUUGAGAAGAAGACUAACAUGUUUAUUCUUUCUCUUCUUGGACUCGAGUUAUUCCUUAUCACAUUUGCUGCUACCUACUCUACUAUUUGGAAUCAUACUAAUUAUGAUAAUACCAAUCAGUACCUAGGAUGGACCAUAAGUGAAUCUACAAUUGAGAAUAGUAUUAUUUUAUCGUUCUUAGUAAAUCUUGGAUCAUGGCUAUUAAUUUUUGUUGCAUUUAUUCCAAUAUCUCUGAUGGUAACCCUUGAAAUUGUGAAAUUCUUCCAAGCUGUUUUCAUCACUUGGGAUGCUACAAUCUUUGACGAAGCCAAAGAUAUGCCUGCCAAGGUACAGUCAUCAAAUCUGAAUGAGGAAUUAGGACAGAUCGAGUAUAUUUUUAGUGAUAAAACAGGAACUCUUACUCAGAAUGUCAUGGAGUUCAAGAAAAUGUGUAUUGGCCCUCACUACUAUGGUCACAGCCGUAAACAGGAAGAAGCCAACUUUAGAAGGGAUACUCUUCGCACUAUCAGUGAAACUGAAGAACUCAAAAUUGACGACAGCAGAAUAUCCGGAGAUAGUUUUAAAACUCUCGAGAAUACAUCCGUCAGUGAUUCUAAUUUUGAGAAGGGAAAGGAUGGGAUUACUAAUGUUAGUUUUUAUGACCCUAUUUUCUUCUUGCAUAGAGAUAAUCCUUCCAAUGAGAACUAUCAUCGGAUUCAUCGUUUCCUUUUACACCUUGCUCUCUGCCACACUGUGAUUAUCGAAGAAACAGAAGUUGACAAUAAGACGCAGAUCUCUUACAAUGCUAAUUCACCAGAUGAGUUAGCACUUGUCAAUGGAGCAAGGUUCUUUGGUUAUUUCUUCUGCAAAAGGGAUAAUCAAAACAAUAUGAUUGUCAGAAUGGAAAAUGGGGUAGAAGAGAGCUAUGAGCUUCUUAACGUCAUUGAGUUCGAUAGCGCUAGAAAGAGAAUGACUGUAAUAGUCAGAUGCCCUAACAAUGACAUCAAAGUUAUGUGCAAAGGAGCUGAUUCCAUCAUUUACCCUCGACUCAAGAGCAGAGAGUUUGUGCAAGAGACAGAUGAGAGCCUUGAGAAAUUUGCAGCUGAAGGACUUAGGACACUGUUACUUGCAGAGAAAACCAUUACUGAGCAAGAAUACUAUGAAUGGGAAGAAAGAUAUAGAGAAGCUACCCUCGAAAUUAUAGAUAGAGAGAAAUAAGGUUGCUGAAGUUGAAGACCAGAUUGAGUAUGAUUUUGACCUUGUUGGCGCAACAGCCAUUGAAGAUAAGCUUCAAGACGAUGUUUCUAACACUAUUAGUGUUCUUAAAGAGGCUGGGAUAAAAAUUUGGGUCUUAACUGGAGAUAAGAUAGAAACUGCAAUCAACAUUGGAUAUUCCUGAAAAGUUCUGAGCAAUGAAAUGGAGCAGUAUAUUAUUGAUAAAACUUCAACUGAUGACAUCAUUGAUCAAUUAGCAGAUGCUCACAAGACAUACCUAAAGAGCGGGCUUUCAGCUCAUGCUUUGAUUGUAGCAGGAGAUUCUUUGCUUAAAAUAACUGCUAGAGAUCAUGUCAAGGAAGAAUUCCUGAAGUUUGCCGAUAAGAUGAGAGUCGUCAUUGCCUGCCGAGUUUCUCCAAAACAAAAAGCAGAAGUUGUAAAUUUGAUUAAAGCAAAAUAUCCAGGCAAGACAACCUUAGCUAUUGGAGAUGGAGCAAAUGAUGUAAACAUGAUCACAGCAGCAGAUAUUGGGAUUGGUAUCAGUGGAUUAGAAGGGCAACAAGCGGCAAGAGCUUCAGAUUAUGCUAUUGGGCAAUUUAAAUUUCUGAGAACUCUGCUCCUUGUGCAUGGAAGGGAAGCAUACAGAAGGAAUUCGUAUGUGGUUGGGUAUAUGUUUUACAAAAAUAUCAUAUUCGUGAUGUCAAUCUUUUGGUUUGGAAUUUUCAGCACCUUCAGUGCUCAAAUGAUUUUUGAUGAGCUCUUCUAUCAAAUGUACAAUAUUGUUUUCACAUCUUUGGCGAUCUUUUGGUUUGCAAUUUAUGACCUUGAGUAUCCAAAAGAAGUAUUAUUAACUGAGCCAAAGUAUUACAUCAUUGGUCUUGAAAACAUGUGAUUUUCAACAUAUAAAUUUUUGAAAUGGGUAUUUUAUGCCAUCUGGCAGUCAAUUGUUCUUAUUUGGAUUUCAUUCAUCCCGUUCGAAGAGCAAGGAGGUACCCUAUGGCUUGGAGGUAACUUUGUAUACCUCGGAAUCGUGAUUAUUGUUAACAUCAGCGUAAUGACAAGCACUAAUAGCCAUACUUGGAUUUCCCUUCUGUUCCAAAUCGGUUCAAUAGUUAUCACAAUUGUUGCAGCAGCAAUUCUAAAUUUGUUCACUUUCUCUAAGCUAUUCGGAACUACAGGGCCUCAGUUCCUCUCACUUGAGUUCUACUACAUUCUUCUAAUGAUGAUGAUGGGUAUUAUCCUUGUAGAUAGUGGUUUGAAUUAUGUUAACAAGAAAUUAAGGAUUCGUAUGAUGAAGAUCGCAAGAGGAAUUAGGAAGAAGAUCAAAAACUUUAGACACAAAAAGUCGACAGAUAGCGAAAAGAAGAAAAGGAAAUCUAAAAGACACGUCCAUACAGGAUUUGCUUUUGCACAAGAGCCAGGCCAUGCUCCUCAGAUUCUCGACAAAAUUAAGCUGGAUAAUGUCAGAAGAAAGAGUAUGAAGUACUCUAUGAGAUCCAAGGUGGUUCCGAUGGAAAAUAAUGAUGUAAUGAGUAGGUCGACUAUAACAAUCUCUGGACAGAAGAACUCCAACACAAGUAGAAAUGGGGAUAUUAUAUUUUAAGACCUA